AUGGCGUCCUUAGAUAGAUAUAAUCACAAAAAGGCGUUUAUACGAGAACAAAUACGAAUUUUUAAACAACCAUUCAAGCCUUCGCCAAAAUGGUUAACACUAAAGAAACACAAGGACUACGAGGGCGACGAUAACACCAUACCACCAAGCGUUAUCAAUUCUGUUGUUGUGAGGUUAAACACGGCAAAUAAAAAACAGUAUCUUCAGACAUUCAGCCAUCAAUCUGUUCGCCAAUUGUUAGAGCAACUUCAGUCGCUGUACGAUCAGAAACGUCGGGACGCUUUGCUUGGGCGUAUCCGCGUGGAACGGUUCGAGGAUUUUGAUAGCCUAAGUUGGAUAGAUUCAUUCCCAUCACAAUGGCCCACAGAUGAAGGUUACGAAUAUGAGCGAUCAAAGCUAGCGAGAUACGCUACUCUAAGGUCGCAGGUCUGUAAAUUGGUAAAAGAUUAUAUAAAGAUGAAACAGAGAUAUGAAAAUUACAAGUCACUUAACGAUUUAGUGGCACCUCUUAAUAAACGGAACAUACAACAAAAUCUAAUCUCGCGGAAUGCUCCAAUUGUAAAAGAGUUAACGAAGAUGCGUAUAUUCGUGCCGAAGCUGUUGAACACAUUGCAGAGACACGGAAAGUAUUUAAGAAAGAAGCGUACGCGUAAACCAGAAAAGCGAGGAAGUGAACAAGCUACUUCAACAAUGGCAAUUGUGAAGGGUUUAUUCAACUCUCACCAGGGAAUGUAUUAA